AUGGUUUCUGGGCCACCAAAACCAGCCGAAACUGCAUUUCUCAGCGACGUGAAAGACUAUUUGCAGAAGACUCUCGAGAGUCAAAACGGCGUGGCAGGGUUUGCAUCAGGUGGUUUAGCCGAUGCUGGUGACACCGCAAGGGCAUUGAUGACCCUUGAAUUCUUCGGCGUUGAUGUCGACUUCGUCCCCAUGAUCGAGUAUUUCAGGUCGGGACUGUGCUUCAAAACCUCCGACCUCGAGCGGAACCCAAGCUUCAGUGCAAAUUGCAACGUCCUUUGGUGGCAUCACGAAAUGCUCAGAAGUAUGUUGACGAGAUCGAACGGGUUACGACAUACCUGCUAG